AUGGGGGUGGCUUUAGUAGCCUUGACAGCAGCUCUUCAGCCCGGACGUUUCUUAUACUCUCUAGGGAAAAAGCCAUCGAUGGAUAUGGGGGAGCUGAUGGCUCGAGCACAGAAAUACAUCAACCUGGAGGAGAUGAUGGACACAAGAGGAAGUCGCAUAGAAUGGAAAAGGAAAAGUAGUAGCAGGGAGAUGGGAGAAUCCUAUAGAUCCGCGAAAAGACAAGAGACUAGUACACUACAUGCAAGCCCAAAGACAAAAAGGCAACCCAGUAAGUUCUCCACCUACACACCCCUGAAUGUACCGCGCUAUGAAUUACUGAUGCAGAUCAGAAAGAAGGAUUACGUCUCAUGGCCUGAACCCAUGCGAACACCUCUUCACAAGCAAAAUAUGUCCAAGUUCUGCGCAUUCCAUAGGAAUCAUGGCCAUGACCCAGAGGAAUGCAUCCAGUUGAAGGAAGAAAUUGAAACCCUAAUAAGAAGGGGAUACCUAUCAAAGUUUAUAAAGAAAGAAGAUCCACAAAGGGAACCUCUCGAGCAGAGGAGGCCCAGCGUAAAAGAGAAGGAAGAGCAGGUUGUAGGGGAAAUUGCGGUGAUCUUCAGAGGAUCCGCUAGCGGAGGAGAUAGUGGUGGUGCUCGCAAAAUAUAUGCUAAACAAAAGCUCUUGAUGGAAAAGGAGGAAACAAUUAGCAAACGAAACAAAAAAUAUGAUGACAUAACCUUUGACAGCGGAGACGAAGAAGGGGUACAAAAGCCGCAUGAUGACGCACUAGUGCUCUCCCUAUUGGUGGCGAAUUACAAAGUCAAACAUAUAUUGAUAGACAAAGGGAGCUCAGCAAACGUCAUGUUCUGGUCGGUCCUAGUCGAAAUGAAAAUCGGUAAGGAACGACUCAAACCAGUCUCAACUCCCCUGGUCGGAUUCAGUGGAGACGUUGUUCACCCCUUGGGUACAAUCACGCUACCAGUGACCAUGGGGAUGACCCCACAGCAAAUUACUACGCUGACAGAAUUUCUUGUGGUCAACUGUCCUUCGGUGUACAAUAUCAUAUUGGGCCACCCUUUGCUUAAUGCAGUUCGGGCUGUAACGUCAACAUAUCACCUUAAAAUCAAAUUCCCUACAUCACACGAGACAAGGUUUGUCAAGGGAGAUCAAGCAAUUGCUCGGAGCUGCUAUAUAACGGCUCUGAAAGGAAAGAUGAAGGCAAGAGAAACCUUAACGGUGGAUGACAUAGAAGUAAGGGGCAAAUAUCCUCUUAUCAGUACAGUGGAUAUGUUAAAAAAAAAAAAACUAUUCUUGAGCAUUUCUUACAAUGCAGUAAUAAAAGUUUCGAUUACAUCAAUUGUACUACAUCAAUAA